UUCGUUGCUGCCGUCAUGCCUCGUCUGCUCGCCGAACGAGGGGGGUCUGGUCACCCGGCGCUGAAGCUUGUCGACGCGCAGGACCCCUAUUGCCGGUGGACGGUCGCCUACUGGCGUACGGCGAUGCGUGAGGAAGCCGAAGGACUUCCGGUUCCGAACGGAGCCAGAGUUGUCCUGAAGCACAUGGCCACGAAUCUGAAUGCCGCGGUGGAGACAGACUUUCGGAUUGCGACGUUCUUCGGCAACGAAUACGAAGUGAGCGCACACUCGAUCAAGGACUCCGGAGGCCGCGAAAAGGCGCAGAAUAUUUGGGAGUUUGUCACGUCCAGCAAACGCCCGGUAUCCGACGAUGACGGGACGAACGAAGACACAAAAACGAACAAAUAAUAUAAUAUUAUUUUAUUAUAUUUCCGUAGCAUAUCAUAUAAUAUAAUACAAUAAUAAUAUGU